UUUCUUUUAGCAUCGACUCUAGAAACUGGAUGACCUACUGUUAGAGUAAUUUGUCGAACCCCUCGGGCAUCGGACACGACACAUCUCGGUGUUAAAUGUAUUUGUCAUGUCACUCGGCGUGGGUCUCACCAAUCUCGCCACGCUCGCGCAGCAAGAACACGACGCGCAUUCGUCGCGUGGAGCUCAUGCUGAUGGAAUAACACCUGAUCUUCGACAGGAUGAAGGUGCGUUACAGUCAUUCAUCGAGGAGGACGUACACGAAACAAGUUUUCUUUCUAGUUUAUUUAAGUGAAUCGUUCUUUGCGGACAAGAUGUUUCAAAGACCAAAUUGUGCAACAUUUUUCGGAUAAAUGCAGCUUUAAGCACAAAAGAAGCUCUUCGGUAUUAUCUAACAGAACUGCAGGAACCGGUUAUUGCUCACUGGAAUCUAAAACGUCCUCUUAUGGCAUAAGGACUCAUACAUGAUCACACUCAAAUAUAUAAGGGAACACUAAAAAACUGUGUGCAGAGUGAUUAGAUGAACUUAUCUGAACAGUUUUGAUGGGAUCAUAUACUAUGAUAUUAUGAUAUCAACCGGCAUGACAGUAACACUGAACUGAAACACUUUAUUGGCACUUUCCAAACUGGAAUGCAGGACAAAUCUUUUGUGUAAUGGAGCAUGAACUGGAAAUGUUAACGUUGGUAUGAAAAUGUCUUAAUAAGAACACACGGUCAACAUUACCUGAAGUGUGACAGGUCUGACGGAUUCGAAGAUGAAGUGUUCGAACAGUUCACGUCUAGUUCUCAUGAUGCAGUGAUCCUUAAUGCACAGCACAAUGGCAGUGAUGGAUUUGAACUUGACAACUGUAAUUGACAGCGGUUUCAUGGAAAGUGACCAGUCCAGGCGGGUUCUGACCGGUUGCUUUCUUUCCGUUCUAAUCCUCUCCACCCUAAUCGGAAACACACUGGUUUGUGCGGCGGUCACAAAAUUCCGCCACCUGCGCUCUAAAGUCACAAACUUUUUUGUGAUCUCACUGGCGGUGUCAGACCUGCUGGUGGCCAUUCUGGUCAUGCCCUGGAAGGCUGUGACAGAGGUAGCCGGCUUCUGGCCCUUUGGUGCUUUCUGUGACAUUUGGGUCGCUUUCGAUAUCAUGUGCUCCACAGCUUCCAUCCUGAACCUCUGCGUUAUUAGCGUGGACCGAUACUGGGCCAUUUCCAGCCCGUUCCGCUACGAGAGGAAGAUGACUCCCAGGGUGGCCUUCGUGAUGAUCAGCAUGGCUUGGACCCUGUCUGUGCUCAUCUCCUUCAUCCCAGUGCAGCUCAAAUGGCACAAGGCUCAGCCAGUGAGCUUCCCAGAGGUCAACGCUUCUCACAGGGCUCUGCUGCCGGACAACUGUGACUCCAGCCUCAACCGAACGUAUGCCAUUUCCUCCUCGCUCAUCAGCUUCUACAUUCCCGUCGCCAUCAUGAUUGUAACGUACACUCAGAUUUACAGAAUCGCCCAGAAGCAGAUCCGACGGAUCUCCGCUUUGGAAAGAGCCGCGGAGAACGCCAAGAUCCGCCAUGACAGCAUGGGCGGCAGCUCCAACGUGGAGUCCGAAAGCUCCUUCAAACUGUCCUUCAAAAGGGAGACGAAAGUCUUAAAAACCUUGUCCGUAAUAAUCGGAGUUUUUGUGUGCUGCUGGUUGCCGUUCUUCAUCCUGAACUGCAUUGUGCCAUUUUGUAAGAGCACUUCGACUGGUCUCCCCUGUAUCAGUCCAACGACAUUUGAUGUUUUUGUCUGGUUCGGAUGGGCCAAUUCUUCUCUCAACCCCAUCAUAUACGCCUUCAAUGCUGACUUUCGGCGAGCUUUUGCCAUCCUUUUGGGAUGCCAGAGACUCUGUCCAGGAACCACUAGCAUGGAGACACCGAGCCUGAACAAGAACUGAAAAGCAACGCUCAAUGUGUGAGCCCAUGUCACAUCAAUGUUUUGCCAAGGAAGGCAAAAAAAGGGGGGGGGGGAAAUGGAUUUGGGAUUAAGACUCUGGGAAGAGAGCCCUCCUGCUGAGCUGGAGAGCAGAGAAAGCAGUCGCCACGUCCCUUAAGCAAGGCUAAUCUCUAUAAAAAGCUAUUCUUCACCAAAGAAUGACGCAAGGGUGGUCUGUGUAUUUUAGACAGUAUACUCAACAGAUUAUUGAAUCCACAAGUGACUUGCAGAAAUUAGAGAAGCAAUGUUUUAUCAAAAGAAAUAUAGAUGUUUCUUUGAAUGUUCAUUUUCAUUUGAAAGAAACUGUACAGUAAUAAUGUUUGUGAAGCUAUACAGUGCUGGGCAAAACUGCAAUACACUGGAACAAAUGUUGUGUAUUUAGCGGCAAAUGAAUUGAGAAUAUGGUCUCAAUGUAUCAUUCCAUUAAUCUGAAGUUUCACUGAAUAAAUGACCAUUUCAGGCAUUUGCAAUAAAAUUCAGUGUAAUCUAAAUCUAAUACAUCACUGCUUGAUAAAUAACUAUCUCAUCCUCUCCACUCUCAUUACAUUUCCUUUACAUCUGCCUUAUUCAUGAGACUUUUUUUUUUCCAAAACAAGAGGGCAGAUGGUCAAUCAUGAGAUGGCCAUCCCAUUAUUGCCAUAAUGAACAUGUAUAUUGUUCUGUGGUACUUGUUUUCUGAUUCAUUAUUAAACUGUGAAAGCUAAACACUACGACUAGCAGAACAGAUGGCCAUAAAAUAAAAAUGCAGAUGUGGCAGUGUGCUCAGUUACGGUCAUCCAGUAAUAGAUACGUUAUUGUUGAGAUUGUAAUUAUUUUCUGAAAGCGUAUGGGGCCUUCAGGCCCAGUACAAAAUAACACUGGAUUGUUACUAUGUCUGUGGAUGUGAUGCAAUGUGCCAUGUGAUAAUGUAGAAAAUGAAACGUCGAGAAUCUCAGAACGUCUGUGGCAAACUGAAUGUAAUUAAUUGUGAUGAGUCCAACUAUGUGGUCAAUUUUAUGGUAUUUUUGUGGCAGAGAUAUUUUCAUGCUUUCACAACACAUAAUUUGGUAUUUCACAGCACUACAUUUGUUGUUGUGGUGUUUUGAGAAAGACACUGAUUCACUCUUGACUUUUAGCAUUACAAUGUUGAAGUAGAAUUAAAUAACAC